AUGUUGUAUUCCUUGAGGCAUCCUGUUGCACACAGUGUUGCAACAAAGGUAGGAAGUGUUAAUGCAAUAGAAGAUUGUUCAGAUGAUGAACUUGAUCUAGAGUUAUUGAUUAGCAACAAUUCAAGGGUGAUGUUGACUUCAAAUCUAUGGACAAAGGCAGGUCUUGUAAAUGUAGCUCUAGGGUAUAUUCGAAAGAUUGUCUACAAACCAGGAAGUGCUCCACCUGAACCACCUACAUAUGUGAUGGUUGAAUUUGAUAAUUAUUCUGGAAUGCCAUUUGAUGAUCAUCAUCCAAAUACAAUUCCAAUAACAACAAUACAGAGGGGCGAUACACUUCAAUUACCAUUAAGAUUGGCAUGGGCAUUGACAAUACACAAAUCUCAAGGGUUGACUCUUUCAAAAGAUAAAAUUGAUAUAGGACCAAGAGAAAGAACAUGA